AUGAAGCUUUCACCUCCCGAAACCCCAGCCAAAGAUGAGAUACCUUCAUACUCUGAGGCUGCACCAUCAUAUACAGCUUUCCGCACGAGCUUUGCAUCGGUAUCCCUUCACCGCAGCGAUCGCAUACGGCUCCUUCAGUUUCCCUCCUCAGAAAUCCCCGCCAUCCGCGACAUCAUCAAAUACAGCUGGCCAUUUGGGAUCCAGAGCGAGCGGCCAUAUGCUGCUUCUUUCGAAUUUAAGCUACGUGGGAACCCUUGGAGGGGACAAGGCUCCGAGGCCAUCCCAGCGAGGAUAUUGAUGCGCGAGAUCUUCGCCCAUCUAUUCCGCCUGGGGUGGAUUUUGCAUGUCAGCACGGAUGCGAGUAAGAAGGAGUUCGACAAAGACACGAUGAUUUUUAGGAAGCAGCAGCAUCCUCCGCCUGAUAGUGAUUGGAUAUCUAUUAGCUUCAAUAUGACGGACAGAAUGAGAUUGAUCGGGGCCUCGCAGGAUCUAAUUGCCGAUGUGAGGGUUCUUUUGCAACAAAUGAAUCUGCUGCAGUCAGAAUCCUGGAAGGAGCAGCGUCUCCAGGCCUGGGAAUUCAAGAUCCAUGGUCGCCCCUGGCGGGCCAUGGGAGAAGAGACAAUGACCACUCGGUUACUGUUGCUCAAGUUGCUGGAGACUUUGGAGGCUAAAGGAUGGAGCUUGUAUGCAAGCGUAGACCAGAGCAUGGCAGCCGGAGACCAUGUCAGCGAGACUGAUAGUUGGUAUUGCGUUCGGGACAAGUCAUGGGUGCAAGGGAGCGCAGUGUUCCAUCGAUAG